AUGGCGUGUACCUAUAACUUCGACGUUCUCCCAACCACGGCCUCCCCGCAAUCCCCGAGCCCUCCUAACUUAGAAAGACGAUCAUCUUUGAAGGGCUGUGUCUUCAGUAUGAUUUUCAUCGCCCCUGGGCAACCUGUACAAGAUCGUCGAGCCACUACAUCAUCAGUAUCUUCUAAUUUGUCGACCCACCUAACCAGUUCGGUGGAGACCCUUUCAGCCAAAGUGCCCAAGGUCAAGGCUACUGUCAGCAACCAGGUGGCCCCAGGCCGCAGAACUUCUACCCUUCAAAUAUCCAACAACCCGGCUACAUGCAACCCCCAGUCCAAUACAACCAGCAAGCCAACCCUUCAUUCUAUGGCGAACAACACCCACAACCCCAAUUCCCCAACACCCCCAACAACCCAUUCUCCCAAAAUGGCAAUGCUACCUCGCCCUAUCCCCCAGAACAACAAAUGCCAAUAG